AUGCUAUGGACAAAAUUUGAUGUGUUUUUGAAAAAUAAUAACACAGGAGUUUGUGACUUCACUGUCAAAGGAAAUUUAUUUGGAGGAUCUUUGAAUGUUUACAUUGGCAAAUCCAACAAUGUUGUUGCUCAGAUAAAUAAGAAGUUUGACACUGUGUUUAGCAGGCAAAAGUUCAUGGUCACCCUGCUAAAUGAUUGUUGGAAAGCAUUCAGAAGUGAAAGUACACAAUCAAAUCUUAUCUUUACAAGGAAGCGAUCCUCUUUAGUCACAAUAUGGACAGAGGAUGAACUGUCUUUGAAAAAUAAUAACAAAAUCAGUCAAUGGCCAAAAUUUGAAGUAUUUUUGAAAAAUAACAACACAGGAGUUUCUGACUUCAACGUCAUAGCAAAUUUAUUUGAAGGAUCUUUGAAUGUUCGCAUUGGUAAAUCCGACAAUAUUGUUGCUCAGAUAAACCAGAAGCUUGGCACUAUGUUUAGCAGAAAAAAGUUCAUGGUUACCGUAUGUUCGAACAUGGAUUAUGCAUUCAUUGUGGCUCUAAUUGUGACACUUGAUUAUUAA